GAGCUGCAGCCUGAACAUACUGCAUUCAAAAUGAUAACCUUUUGAUAAGACAACAUUACAAAGUACAUGCUAUCGUGACCUCUCAUGACACAGGAGAUAGUACAUGUGUGUUUGAAUUACAGAACAUGUACCUUUGAAGAAUAUCUGAUUGAUAAAGAUGGCAGCUUAUACUAUUUUCUGGAGUGUUAUAUUGAUAUUGUACAGUGUAGAAGGAGUCCCACAGUUAAGACCCCCUAAACCUAUAGGAAUGGUUUAUGUCACUGGAACACAUUACCAAGUUGGAAAACAAGUGGGAUACACUUUCAGGAACAACAUUCAAGAGUAUUUCCAAUUGAAUACAGAACUACAAACAAAAGUUAUUCCUUUUGUCAAAGGUGCAGGAAAAAAGAUUUAUGAUGGCUUCAUAUCUACCAUCAACGCCACCUAUCCACAAUACUUAGAGGAGAUGCAGGGUAUAGCAGAGGGAGCCAAUGUCUCUGAGACUGAGGUUUUUGUCCAGAUAAUGUAUGUGGAAUUAACUCACUAUAUGAGUGGUGGUAAGAAAACUGAUGGAGCUUGUACAGAUCUCUAUGUCAACUAUGGUUACCCACAUGUUGCUAUAGGUCACAACGAGGAUGCUGACCCAUUGAUUGCAGGGAGGGGGUAUAUCGUGGAUGCUGAUAUUAUCAAUGACAGACCCAGAGGGAGGUUAACUGUACCCAGGGAACAGUUUGUUGCCUACACAUACCCAGGUACCCUUCCAGGAAAUGCAUUUGGCUUUACCAAAAGUGGACUUAUCAUUACGAUCAACGCCCUCUAUCCUGAAAAAGUAGAUGUUAAUAACACAAUACCUCGUUAUGUGUUGACAAGAGCCUUGUUAUCUGCUCCGAGCAUGGAUAAAAUGGACGAUAUAGUAAAGUGCCAGGGCCAUGGAUCAGCGUAUGGUUUCAGUGUGAACACAGCUGAUAUGAAUUGUACCAAUCCCUGCAUAGAUAAUAUAGAAGUGGCACCUGGAUAUAGCACUCCAUGCUCUACAGUCAACCACACCAUCAUAACUGACUCAGAUUACCAUGUCAACAUAUACAGAAGAAUCCAAAUCAAGCAAGACCCAGAGUCUAUUUUAAGCUCACAACAUAGAGCCAAAGCUCUGGGAGUUCCUGACUGGCAUGAUGCUAAUGAUAUAAGGGUCAUGUUAGGCAAUACUGUAGAUCCCAGAUUCCCUAUCUACCGUAAUGCUACACCCCCUGACACUGGUAGCACAGUGGCUACAGGGCUGUUUGAUAUUGCUGAAUGUUCCCUUCAUAUAUAUGAUAGCAACCCAGCCCACUCUGACCCACUGAUUACAAUGGACCUGCCUUACUCUAACUACUGUAGAGCUAGGAAACAUCUCACUACAAAGAUGGGGUAUAAGAAAACAAAGCUAGUAGAUCACAAUACAAAGAUGCAGCGUCACAAUAUAAAAAUGCAGCAUCGCAAUAUGAAUCAAAUAAUUAGAACAUAG